UCCCGGCUCUCUCCUCCUCCCUCAGCAGCAGAAGCAGCUCACGGUAGAAAGUUGACUCUCUCUCUCGCUCCGACAGCGUCGCGUUGUUUCCUGCUCCUCUGUGCCCCCAACAUGUGUCUCCUCCUGCGGAUAUGAGCUCCGGGAGGAGAGUACCCGCCGGCUCUGCUGCUGCUCGUGUCCGCGUUCAGAUCUCCUUCAACCGGGGAAACCCUGCCGCGCGAGACUGAGCGCCUUGUAUUGUUUUUAACGAACCACCUUUCUUCUUCUUCACCACCUUUAAUUGAUCAGUUUCCUGCCGCGUCAUUUAUGGACUACAAAAGCUCCGAGUGAGAGUGUCGGUAAUUUCCUUUGUGAAGAUGGAGACGGUGAUGGAGAGGGAGUGCAGCGCGCUGGGGGGGCUUUUCCAGACUGUCAUCGGAGACAUGAAGGGCAGUUAUCCUGUUUGGGACGACUUCAUCAGCAAGGCCAGCAAGCUGCAGUCCCAGCUCAGGUCCACUGUUGUUGCAGUUGCAGCCUUCCUGGAUGCCUUUCAGAAGGUGGCGGACCUCGCAACCAACAGCAGAGGAGGAACCAGAGACAUCGGCUCGGCCCUCACCAGGAUGUGCAUGAGGCACCGCAGCAUCGAGACCAAGCUCCGCCAGUUCUCCAUGGUGUUUUUGGACUGUCUGAUUAACCCCCUCCAGGAGCAGAUGGAGGAGUGGAAGAGAGUGGCCAACACUCUGGACAAGGACCACGCCAAAGAGUAUAAGAAGGCUCGUCAGGAGAUCAAGAAGAGAUCCUCGGACACUCUGAAGCUGCAGAAAAAAGCAAAGAAAGCUGAUGUAUUCGGGCGCGGGGACCUGCAGCCUCAGCUGGACAGCGCCAUGCAGGACGUCAGUGAUAAAUACCUACUGCUGGAGGAGACGGAGAAGCAGGCGGUGAGGAGAGCGCUGGUGGAGGAGAGGAGUCGAUUCUGCUGCUUCGUGUCCAUGCUGCGGCCAGUGGUGGAGGAGGAGAUGUCCAUGCUCGGGGAGAUCACUCACCUGCAGACUCUGACAGACGACCUGAAAACUUUAACCAUGGACCCUCACAAGCUGCCCGCCUCCAGCGAACAGGUGAUCGUCGACCUGAAGGGCUCUGAGUGCACCUGGUCCUACCAGACUCCGCCCUCGUCUCCGAGCACCACCGUGUCCAGGAAGUCAAGCAUGUGCAGCAGCCUGAACAGCGUGAACAGCAGCGACUCGCGCUCCAGUGGCUCACACUGUCACUCCCCCACCUCACAUUUCCGAUACCGCGCCUCCUCCUCCUCCUCCUCGGUGCUACCGCAGCAGACGCCCGCACGCCUCUCCUCCAUCUCCUCCCAUGACUCAGGCUUCAUCUCCCAGGACGCCUUCCAGUCCAAAUCCCCCUCCCCCAUGCCCCCGGAAACAUCGCAGUUGUUCAACGGUUAUGACCAUCCCGCUGCCCUCUGUCUGCAUGGAGUGGUACUGCAGGCCCAGGACACCCACCUCCACCCUCCUCCAUACUUCACCUCCUCCUCCUCCUCCUCCUCCUCUCCCAUCUCCUCGCCAUCCUAUUCGUCCAUGUCUCCCACCUGGCCGUGGUGUCGUUCAGGCUCAGGCCAAUCAGGAGAGUCCCUGCCUCUCGGACUGGUCCCAUCGUCCAGAGUCCUGUCCUGGAAGGACUGGGCCAAACCGGGUCCAUACGAACAGGGAAUGGUCAACACCCUGAAGAGAAGCAAGGACAGGAGAGAGACUUCAGAUCCCAGCAGCUACCAAGGCGCUGAUGUUACCACAACACCUGGAGAGGAACCACCAGGGGUUAAAGGAAGCCCCUCUGUGACCUCAACCAAGGAGGACCGCGAGGCCCACGAGGAGCUGGCUCGAGUGUUGGCCCGGGGCCUCAGGUUGGACAUCCACGGCUCCAGCAGAGACUCUCUGCAGGGCUCGAGUGGCUACAGCAGCCAGACCAACACACCGUGCUGCUCAGAGGACGCCAUCCCCUCUCAAGUAUCAGACUGUGAUUAUUACUCUGUGGGAGCCGAUCAGGACGGCGAGCAGCAGCAGUCUUCAGACUUCGAUAAAUCCUCCACAAUCCCCAGAAACAGCGACAUCACUCAGUCCUACCGCCGCAUGUUCCAGUCCAAACGCCCCGCCUCCACCGCCGGGCUGCCUUCCCACCCGUCUGCCAUCAUCACCCCGGGAGUUGCCACCAUCCGAAGGACACCGUCCUCCAAACCCAACCUGCGACGGCCCUCUGGGGGCCUCAGCUUGGGCCCCAUCCCCAUCAAGCCCCCCAUGAUCCCAGUGAAAACCCCGACCGUGCCCGAGCAUCCUGGCUUCCCCAGCAGGUCCUCAUCAGAGGACGGAAGCACACCACGAACACCACUCAGCCCACCGACCACCCCUUUGACACCAGGCACCAGCACAUCACCAAAGUGCAGCCCCUGGCAGACCCAGCAGGUACGCAAGGGGUCGGAUCCCCCCACCCCUCCACCACAGCCCAGCGGUCGGGUGGAGUGGGACCGCGGUUAUCUCCCCGAGCUCCUGGAGGAGACGGAGUACGGGGAGGUGGAGGACUAUCUGGUGGCUAUUCGACGAGGCGUCAGGCUCAAGAAGGCGACGACCAACGACCGCUCGGCGCCGAUUAUUCAAUGAGAAGUUUAACCGGAGACAUUUUGAUUUCCUGCAUUCAAAGGACGCACAAUGAGAGCUAUGACAUCAAAGUGGACGACAGGAGAGGAGGAGGAGGUUGCCCGGAGACUCUGAAAAAUGAUCAGUUUAGAAAUGUGCCAACUAAACUUUUAAGGAAGAUCUGAUGAUGCAGUGAGUUCAUUACAUUAUUGCCAAAUUUUGAUUUAGACUAUUUAAAAUUGAUGCACUUCACCUUUUCGCCAUAGACACAUUUAAUAAAUAACGCCUGAGCGCUUUUCCGUCUGUGGUUCUAGACGAGUUAGUAAACUAUCAACGAUAAAAGAAGCUUUUUUAACCAUUGGUACUUCACUUCCUGUUCCACUAGACUGAUCCGCAUCACGUCACCCGGCAACCUCAGUCCAUGAGAAAAGGUGUCACACGUUAUAGUUGUCCAAAAGGAGAGAGUUGCAGGAGGUGACUCGUGUAGCAGAGAGGACGAGAACACAAAUGUUGAUGUGUGCAGUGUUACGGGAUGUGGGAAGAGAUCAGAGCGAGCUGAAUGACGGAGUGUUUUCAAAAGAUCAUUAUUUGUAUGUACAUAUUUAUAUUGACGUGUUUGUAUGUUUUGUUCCUCAUUCGCUCCUUUAACGUCACCCCCCCUCGUCUCCUGUUUAAGGUGCCAAAAGCCCGAGUGCUGAAGUGAACUGAAAUGUUCUCGACUAAAGUGAAAUGGGUUUGUUGUAAAGACGUAGAUGGAGGGUUUGAGGAGCCUCCACUAAAGCUGGAAGAGAAUUUAUAUGUAGAGUACUGUGUUAAAGAAAGGAACUCAACCUACAACAUAAUCUGGUUCUUUUAACAUUCACAAGAUUGACCUGCAUGUCCCGAUAUGAAAUUAGAAUUUAGCCUUUAAAUCAGAGAAAGAUUCAUAACCCUGUGAUGACACACAAGAUUAUUAUUUCAAAUCUUAAACGAUAUUAAAAGCUCUUAAAGUACGCAAAACCCGGGUUGCUCGCUCUCAUUGGCUGUUGCAUUCCGUCGGAGGCAGCUCGAUCUGGAGUCAUAAAUAUCUAACAUGUUUGAUCGUUAUGACUCCAUAUCGUUGGGGAGUAAAUCAGGGCCUUAAAUCGUCCAGUGUUGAGCCUAAGCAGAAACCAACCAGGUACUGUGGACGCCAACAACCCCAUAGAUAAAGUCUGCUUUUAUUUUCUUAAAUCAUGUUUUUAGUCGCUGGUAUAAACAUCCUUUUGAUAGUGGAUAAAUCUGUAUUUUCUUUUAUACCAGUCGUUUUUUGUUAUUUCAAUAUUAGUUUAUGAAUUUGUUUUCUCAAACAUUAAAGCUAUCCUACGUCACGCAGUAUUUCAGACAGACUAUCUGUGACUGUUGGCCGUCAGGUUGACCAUCUCUCUGUUCAGUGUUCAACUUUUCACCUGCUGCUAAAAUACCAUCUCUGUAGCGUCUGUGCACCGUGUGAGCGAACACUUCAAGUCUGUGGUGCUGAUAGAGGUCGCUACUAAAAGUCCUGUGGUCAUUCUUAGACAUAGUCAUUGGAGUAAUAUGGAUUUUAUUGGUCUGUUGCAGUGAAGACAGUGUUUGCUGGUGGUGAGCUGUAUUAAUCGGCAAAAAUAAAAUGGUGUUAUCGUUAUAAACUGUCUUUUAGGUCGUUUAAGACAAACCUGGCAGCCAUGAUGGAGGUCUUAGCUCGCUAGCAUUAGCAAAGCUGAUUACAUUUUCUUGAUGUGGUAGAUAGACUACUUGUCUCCAAAUUAUUCAAAGACAUUUCGAUAUUUCAUAAUAUAAAGUAGAUUUCUACAAAUUUCCCCUAAAUUUAAAUAAGCUCUAAUUAUGUUAUCUUAUGUAGCAGCUUUAAGUAGAAGUUGGAUGCUAGCUAGCGCAAAAACACA